AUGUCUCUUCUGCACUUGGUGGCACACACGUCUCUUGCAGUGCAGCUGUUGCUAUCAGGAUCGUCGCUGCCCUCGGGGACUCUGCUGUCGCCGUCGCUGUCACCAGCGCCCCCGAUGUCGAUGGUACAUCAUCCAUUGGGAUCGCUGCAGCUGUUGACUCUGCUGUCAAUGAGGAACAUGGCGAGCGAGUCGCCGGAGCCGCCGGGCGACGCGGCCAGACGGUCUCCCGGGGACAGGCCCCCUCCCGGCGGGCAGCCCCAGCUGGCGGCGGUCCCCAACCAGGUGGGCUCGGUGCUGCUGUACGGCGUGCCCAUCGUGUCGCUGGUGAUCGACGGCCAGGAGCGCCUGUGCCUGGCGCAGAUCUCCAACACGCUGCUCAAGGAGUUCAGCUACAACGAGAUCCACAACCGGCGCGUGGCGCUGGGCAUCACGUGCGUGCAGUGCACCCCGGUGCAGCUGGAGAUCCUGCGGCGCGCGGGAGCCAUGCCAGUGUCUUCGCGGCGCUGCGGCAUGAUCACGCGGCGCGAGGCGGAGCGCCUCUGCAAGUCCUUCCUCGGCGACAACUCCCCGCCGCGCCUGCCCGACGACUUCGCCUUCGCCGUGCACCACGAGUGCGCCUGGGGCUGCCGCGGAGCCUUCCUGCCGGCGCGCUACAACUCCUCGCGCGCCAAGUGCAUCCGCUGCGCCCACUGCGGCCUCUUCUUCUCGCCCAACAAGUUCAUCUUCCACUCGCACCGCGCGUCGCCCGCCGCGCGCUACGUGCAGCCCGACGCCGCCAACUUCAACUCCUGGAGGCGGCACAUGCGCCUCAGCGGGUCUCCCCCCGAGCAGGUGGUGCAUGCCUGGGAGGACGUCAAGGCCAUGUUCAACGGCGGCACGCGCAAGCGGCUGCUGGCCUCCUCGUCCUCAUCCUCCGCCUCGCCGGCCAAGCUCGCCAAGCCCGCCCCCGGCUCGCCGCCGCCGGCCCUGCCGCCCCCGCCGCCCCCGCGCGUGCCGCCCUUCCCGGACCUGCUGGUGGACUACGUGUGGCAGCACGGCGUCAAGGCGCACCACCUGCCCUUCCCGCCCUGGCCCUGGCUGGGCAAGCGCGUCGCGGCGCCGCUGCUGCCGCCGCCGCUGCCGCCGCCGGCCGCCGACCUGGGGCGGCUGUACCCGUCCGCCUUCCGGCCCGUGCUGCCGGCGGCGAGCGUCCCGGCGCCGGACAGCGACGAGGAGACGGUGGACGUGGAGAGCACCGAGGACGACCCGCCGCCGCCGGCCCGCCCCGCCAGCCCCGGCGCGCAGAGGGGAGGCGAGAAGGCUUUAUCGCUCCCAGGCGAGCUGUCGAGCCAGCAGCCGUCCGUCUACCCCCUGCCCUACGUCGCACCCGCGUGA